UUACCCUAUCCGCUUCAGUGGCGAUUCGCCUGAGCAGGUAGAUUGAAUAGAUAAAACGCGUCACAAGAUGUCGGAAAAAUUGUAAAGGUCCGAUACAGUGUACCUCCAGGGUAAACAACAACAGAAUUUUAACAAACCAGAGAAGAGAAAGUCGAGAGUAGGUGACCUUGCUCUCUAGCCAUUCUCAGGUGGACGUUCCAAGAUGCGAUGAAGGCUUUGUGGAGACUGUCCGUUCUCUGCGUGUUAUGCACGUGUGUCAUUGCCAGACACCGCCAUGACAGUCAGCAGCGGCUUAGGCAGGUCCUUCAGCAAAGGAGACAGCGGAUAGAUACUGAAGUUUCCGAAUGGCUGACAACGAAGAAUGAGGAGUUACGAAGAUGGCUGGAAAAGAUUUCUUUUGCAAGCUGGAAUUAUGAAACGGACCUCUCGGAGGAGAAUGCAGAAAAGCUUAAUAAAGUAAAUAUAGACUUUUCACAAUGGAAAAGCACUUGUGUGAAAGAAGCAUCUGAAAAACUAAAGUUUCCCGGAUUGUCUGAGGAUGCUCGGCACCAACUCCGAAUUCUAUCAUACGACAUUGAUCCUUCCAAUCCGGAACAACUCAGAAAAGUGAAUGACAUUCAAACAAAACUGGAACAGAUUUAUGGAAGAGGGACCGUUGAGUAUAAUGGCACAACCCUUCAACUGGAACCCGGCAUUACCAAUCUGUUUGAGUCAUCACGUGAUCCGAAAGUUUUGUCAGAAUUAUGGGUAAAAUGGCGGGAUGCUACAGGAAAGAAAAUGGCAAACCUUUACACAGAGUUUGUAGAACUACAAAAUACUGGAGCUUUGGAACAUGGUUUUGAGGACCUUGGGGACGCGUGGCGACAGAGGGAAUUUUUUGAUACCCCUGAACUUGUACAAAUUGUGGAAGAUUUAUGGCAAGAGCUUAGACCGAUGUACGUUCAGCUCCACAGCUACGUUCGCCGGAAGUUGGAAACCUACUACGCCAAAAACCAUCCAGACUUCGACUUUCCAAAAGAUGGAAGUAUACCAGCUCAUCUACUAGGUAACAUGUGGGCCCAGGAAUGGAACAACAUUUUUGACAUAGUACAGCCAUAUCCGGAAGUAAAGGAACCGGAUAUGAAUAGGGCUUUGAAAGAGAAAGGAUACAACGUUGGAAACAUGUUUAGAAGAGCAGAGGAGUUCUAUACCUCCUUAGGACUGUAUAAAAUGGUCCCGGAUUUCUGGCGACAUUCCAUGCUUGUCCGCCCGACGGAAAAAGACCGUGAAGUACAAUGCCACGCCUCAGCUUUUGAUUUCUAUAAUAACGAUACUUUCAGAAUAAAAAUGUGCACGGAGGUUAACAUGAACUACUUCCAAACUAUACACCACGAGAUGGGACACAUCGAGUACUUCAUGGCGUACCGUCACCGGCCGACAGUGUACAGGGAGGGCGCCAAUGGGGGAUUCCACGAGGCCAUCGGCGACACCAUAGCCCUGUCGGUGCGCUCACGCAAACAUCUCCAGACGCUCGGAUUAUUGGAGGACGCAAAUGUUUCAGAGGAAGAAAAGAAAAAGUCUGACAUCAACUAUCUGAUGAACCAAGCGCUUCUAAAGUUGGCCUUCCUUCCGUUCGGCUAUCUGGUGGACAAGUGGAGAUGGAGGGUGUUUAGUGGAGAAAUCACCCCCGACAAGUACAAUGAAGAAUGGUGGAAAAUGAGAUUGGAAUAUCAAGGAGUGACCUCCCCUGUUCCUCGAACAAAUGCGGACUUUGAUCCCGGAGCAAAGUUCCAUGUAGCCGCCAACAGCCAAUAUAUUAUAUAUUUUGCCAGCUUCCUGCUACAGUUUCAGUUUUAUGAGUCAAUGUGUCAGGCCAGUGGCCAUACAGGGCCUUUGUAUACUUGUGAUUUCUACAGGUCAAAGGAAGCAGGAGUAAAACUGUUGAAUAUGUUGAAACUAGGUGGGAGUAAACACUGGAAAGAGGCCCUGAAACAGAUGACAGGGGACACUAAUAUCAGGACCGAACCCUUCAAGAAGUACUUUCAGCCUCUAAUCGAUUUUUUGAUGAACGAAAACAAAGGGGAUGUAGGAUGGGCGAAAGCAGGGAUAAAUUGGGAACGGGCAUAGUUUAAAUAAAUUUCAUCAAAACCUU